GGUCGGAGGAAGAAGACGAAGAAAAUGAGGAACAAAGCAAGCGGGCUGUUGAAGCAGGUAAACACGGGUUUAGCCGCAAUGGCGAAGGCCAAAACCUUGGCCAUAAAGAGCAAGACGAAGGCCAUCAAGACUCGCCUCGUCAUCUUCUCCUUGUUUCAGAACAGGAAGCUUCUGGUGAGUUCGUUCUCCUACAAGCUCAAAGCCUUGAUGGGGCGCAAUGAGAAAAUCUCCGAUGAGGUAGAAGGCGAUCAUGUGAGUGGAGAUCAACGAAGCCCGUUGAUCGUUCUUUACAACAGCAGCAAUGCUGCCAUGUGGAUACCGAGUACAUCGCAGACCAACUAUGAAGAUGAGGAAGAAAAAUACCCAGACCCCAGUCACUCGCUUUUCGAUUCCGAAGAAAUGGAGUUGGCCGACUCGGGAGCUUCGGUGAUCGAGAUGGUGAAGAACUCGAAAGAAGGUAGAGGGGAAGAGUUCAGGCUGGAAGACGAGAUAGACCGAGUGGCUGACUUGUUCAUAAAGAGAUUCCAUUGUCAAAUGAGAUUGCAGAAGCAGCUUUCAUUGAAGAGACGUCAGGAGACGAUGGGGACUAGCCCUUAAACCGUAGUACUAAAUUGCGGUCUUGG